GUUUGACAAAACGAUAAAAUUCAUCAAUUAUACAGUUAGGAUAUUGGAAACAGAAAGAUAUGUUAUUUCAUAUAAGGAGAAUAUUUACGUUGUCAUGUUGUCUGUCUGUAGUAUGUGCCGGUAGAAAUACUCAGGCCACAUGCAAGGAAGAGAAAGCGCACGUGCUAACAUGUGAACAGACGCUGAUAGAACUUGUGAACGCGCAGCUUAAACCGUAUGAUAAAACUUUCAACAAUGUCGACCUGGAUAAUGACACGGAAAGUGAACUGUUAGAUGAGAAGACACGGGAUGUCGUCUGCAGCGCGACAAACUUUGAGUAUGUGUUUUGUAUGGUCGACAACCUAACAGCAUGUCCAGACCUGGCAACAGACGAGGACAUUGUUUCAACAUGGAUAGCAUCUUUGAUCGCCCCAAAUCUUGAUAUUUUGAAUUCUACGUGUUUGUGGUAUGUGUACUAA